AUGAGAUUCGACCGUCUGCUUCCUGCUCUAUUGUCCCUGUUGGGUACCGUCUCGGCUCAGACCGUGAGUGGACUGACAUUUGAUGGCCGAGACUCGGUGAGUCUUGUCUGGGCUUUUGAUGGGGAGACCUCUGGGCGAUAUGACUUCUACCUGUGUGCAGGCGAUGAGUCUACAGGCUCAUAUGAAACGCUGUUACAAGUUAUCAACGAUGGUGUCUACAACCCGGGAGAUUUGGUGUCUUUCCGUGUUGACCCAAGUGUUGGCGGAAACGACCUGAAUGCAUACUUCCUGAAGGUAGUUCCUUCGGAUCACAAAGAGCACUGGUCCGGUUUCACCUCCCAUUUCACCCUGACCAAUAUGAAAGGCACCUUUUCGACCAAGGUAUCCAAUGCACUCAAGUCAAUGCAAUCCAUCGAGAUCUCCUGGGCCGCGGAGGCAGAUGCCAACAUCCUCAAGGCUGCCGAAAGUGGUCCUGUCUACAACGAAUCCACGCUCAAUGGUGACAUCUAUGGUGAGGCGACCAAGUCCUUCCUACAGUUCCCCACGCCAACUAUUCCCAAUGAACUGGAUCGACAUGAAUUGCGGAAGCGUCUCGGAAUUGACCCGCACAACAUCCCCUAUGGUGAGCAGACAGGCCUAACGAAGUAUGCCCCGAUGCCCAAGAGGGCCGGAAGUACGAUUGCGGACAAGUCGCCGACGCCUCAGUACCCGCCUUUUCCUUUCUCCAUCGCAACCGCCUACCUUCCUGCUCCUACGGUUCAGUAUACGGACACUGCAUACCUUACAUGGACUACCCAUAGCAUUGAGAACACGGCUGCCCCUGCGGCUGCUCCCACGCUGGACAAGAGGAUGCAGGCGUGGCUCGAGCGUUGGAAGGAUUAA